AAUAGUCCACAAAAUACCCAGAAAUUGAUCAUUUGGGGAAGUGACGAUCUAUGAGCGUGGUGAACGUGGCCGAGGAGGUCCUGGGCGGCGUGCUGCAAGCUGCCGAGCAGCUACAGGGUGCCUUUGUGGCGGCUGAGACUGGCUGCGUCGAGAGCUUGCGCUGGGCUGGUGCUAUGCCGCUGUUACUUCGUGAUUUGGGCGUGCAGAACGUGCUUUCUGCGUCGGAUCUGCUCAAUUGUUCGUCUCCCCAGGAAUUGCGACGCCUGCUGCUGCUAGAAGAGAACGAGAGCGUCAGUCACGUAGCGUUGCUCCUCUCGGGCUUCCUAUGGGACUACGAAGCGGCGUUGAAGCGGCUACUGGCGAUGGGCGUCAUCCACCGCCUUACAGUCUGCAGCAGCCUGUCGGAGAAGGCGCACGAGUGCUACGACUUCAGUAAAUUAGGAGGCGACGCUGCACAGGCCGCCACAGGCGCCAGAGCGACUAAAGUCAUGAAAUUUGAGGAAUUUGCAAUGGAAUUGAGCAAGAACGCGACGUUUCAGACUGAAAUUGGAGCGGAAUCGAGCGAGCAACAAACAGGAGACGACGAGGACUGGGACUGGAAUGAUAGUGAGACCAAAAAGGAGACUAUAACUGUCCAGAACGGAGUGCAGGUAGUACAUCUGCCGCUCAAUGUGGUGCCGCUGCUGUCGACCAAGACGUUUAGUCCGGAGCCGUCGCUGUUUGUGCUCUCGCAUCCGACCUGUGCGUCGGCGUUCCCGUUGCUGCUGCACCAGGUGGAAGAUGACAAGACGACGUCACCUGCUUCGCCUACGGGGCGUGGAGGCGCGAGUUUUAACUCGACGGAUGGAGGGAAGAAGUACAAACACGUCAAGGACGUACUGCCUGAACAUAUCCCGAGUGCUUUCAGACGCUCAAUGAGACUGUUAGCAUACACUCUUGCAGAGAUGAUGCUUGGAACGCGGCUGGAUGUAAAGGAACGCAUUUUCGCUGUUGGAGCGACGUCGCUGAAGAUCGGACACACUUUACUACGGAUUCUGAACGAGCUUGAAGAAGAGGCAAGUCCUCAAAUGCUACAAGGACAGCAGACCGCCUCGAUGGUUAUCAUUGAUCGGACGGCUGACUUGGCCUCGCCGUGCUCGUUUGGGAGCUCUCUUCUUGAUCGUAUCCUUGCGCUUUUACCCCAGACGCCAACGAAAUCUACAGCUGGAGAGGACACUACUGAAGAUUGUGCUACAAAGCGACCAAACGUGACGGAGAUUUUCCCUCUUCACGGGUGCAAGCCGACGCCAAUAUCGUCCAUUACACCAGCAACAUUUGACACGUCUGGCUAUCAGCCAUCGGAGUUUGUUUCCCAGAUCCAGUGGAAAGGUGGCGCUAGUUUGUGUCACCCGACGAUUCCUAGCGGAUCGAACGUGUUUCGAUCGUUGGCCUUCAGACCAGCCAAGUUGGCGCUGCGAGAUCUCGACAAGCGGCUUCAAGCGGUGGAACACACUUUGCUUCAGCAGGGCAAGCUUCAGACUGCAGCAGUUACGCGUAGACCAGGGGAGAAAGUACGUGGUCGUGAUGUUGUUCUGCGUCGAAUCAGCAAGAUUCUGGAGGCUGGUGAGCCUACCAACCUUGAACACAGCUCGCUGAUCGAGCUGGGCGUGAUCGUCUUGGAAGCGUUGGAGCGGAUGGACCAAUCGCAGAAUCGAUGGGAUAAAUGCCGCGAACGUGCAGUGCGUCAACUGGAGCUUCGAAAGCAAGGAGGAACCGAGUGGAUUCUCCCGGAAAUGGCUGACAUAAUGCAGCGCCAAGUAUCUGCAAUCCAGUCAGAGACAUCGGGAGAUAACGGGGGAUUUCUUUCUCUGCAGGAUUUACUAACACUAUUGGUGAACGCGUUUGCGCUUUCGGCCGGCACACCCCUGGAAGACUUUACCAUUCAGAUGGUUCAAAAAGCUCUUGUUGACACCGUUUUUCAGGCGGUACAAACGACUCCGUUUUCGGUGCAAACGGCACUUCCCGAACUAUACGCCCAGCUAUCUCCAUACAUCAACACACAAGCCAAAACGGAUCAUGAUACUGAAGGGGAUGACUGGGAUUGGAAUGAUGGUAGCAGUUCGCCAACCGCAUCGAAAGAAGUUUCAGUUGGCCGCAAUGGUGUACAACUGAUAGAGGCGAAGUCAGUUAUUGAAACCUAUGUAGAAAGCUUGAUGGAACCUCUGAAGGAUUGUGAGCAGCAGUUUGUGAAGGUCACCACUGAAGAAGUUACGUCGAUGACAAAGGAUUCCCCGCACUCAUUGAUCGCCAAACUCUGCAGUUCUAUUGUGGACCCAUCCGAGGCUUCGAUUCCAGAAAUCCAGCACGUACGUCCGUCCAUCGAUGCAAACUCCACCGCCGUAUUAAGCCGUUCUUGUACCGUUUUUCUGGCUUGGGAUCUGUGUAGAUUGUUGAUGCGUCCGAACAGCUGACACGCGCUGGUAUUGACCUCCUCAAGAGCGGCUUCAGCAAGUUUGGAUUCGGCGGUAGCGGCGGUGGUCAACGCGGUACCAAUGGCAGCCGGUUAUUGGGAGACGCAAACGUUUUUGUUGUGUUUGUGGUGGGCGGCGUCACGUUUGAAGAGAUUCAAGAGGUACACGAUGCGUUGAGCGACAACACAAAGUAUCAAAUCAUCCUUGGUGGAACUACGAUCACGAACAACGAAGUCAUUCUGGAGAAGCUGUUCACUGUUUAUCCGUCCAACCAACGGGAGCGAUUGAGUGCUCACACCUGAAAUGUGGAGACGAGAAGUAUCGCGAGUGUUAAAGUUCAUUGUAAGUUGAUAUUCUCUCCAUACCGUGUAGUCCUCUUGGAGUUAAUUGUCAGCGGAGGCAAGCGUGUCGAUGGUUGAUCGUCCGCUAUUGAAGGUGUGUUGAUGUCUCCUUUCUCGUAUAUUUUUAUGUGAUUGUGGCUUGACACACCGGGAGCUGGAUGCGCUUUCUCGUGCUGUGGUCGAUCAGAAUUCUUACUGUCAAGCGCGUCUGGGUGUGCAAGCACGAACACGAGAUCGUCUUCUACCAAGACUGUGUCGCUAUCUGGUCCCGUGGCCACGUAUGGCAACUGGAAUGGAGUGUCUGUGCCGCGAUACAGGCCGAUAGCUACGAUCUCUUUGGUGGAGAGCAGAUGGAGGAAGAGUUCUCCAAAAGUUCGCUGUACAAACUUCAGUGGCACUGGGAUCUGCACUAUCGAGCUUGCAGUGCACGAUGACACUGCCCUGUCAUUCCCGGAUAACGCAGCAGGCCGGCCGUUCUCCGAGAAGAGGAGUUCGUAGAUUAAUCGGAUCAGUCCAGGUGUGAAAAAACUCUGACAAAGCAUGUUGUCGAAGAUAUCGUCCGCAAAACCAUAGCCUGCCGCGAAGAAUGGCAGCAAGGCUGAUCUGCGCACGUCAAAGUAAUGUCGUCGAGUGGACUCGAGCUCGCGUUUGAUGAGUGUUCGCUUCGAGCUGAUCCGUUUGCUGAGCUUCACUUGUUGGUCCAGACUGAUGAUGUUGUCUGCCCCACGCAAGUACAUGUUCUUGACGACGUUAGCCUUGCCGAGUUUACGUUUGAUAUCGCCGACAUCGUCUGAUACGCAGUGCUCUUGAACCUUUGAAAGCUCUGUCAUGGAGACCGGAGCCGUAUGGAUCAUGAGAGAGUCAAGUUGUUGACGAUACUGGUACGAUGUGGCCGUGCGUUUCUUCAGUGUGGAGUCGAGAAUUUGCAUCGUGUGAGGCAUAUUCAAGUCAACCAUUGGCAUGAGACCAGACGUAGUGUCCAUGCCGUAUUCAGCCUGGAUCGACAGCACCGCCAAGUAGUGGAAUAUUGUCUGACUGUCCACAGCUUCGCCAUCGACAUCCUGGAUGUUUGCUUUAUCCGCAAGAACGACACAGCGACUAGCAUCGAGGAUGUUAGCGCGAAGAAGCUCGCGUUUCGAGUCUCCAGUCGCCAACAUGAUGAAAAUGUCGUCAAACUCUCGCAGUUCUCGACAAGUGGCCACUGCACUUUUAGCCGAAGACCACGACAGGAAAAUGAUGGGAUGGUAGUCGCUACUACCAGGUACGUGACGCUCAAGUCGCAGCAUCUGGGCGAACGCUACGGUGGAUGUCAAGUCGAGAUCUGACACGACAAUGAUGUGGUUGCGGAUAGUUUCGCUUGUGGACGGAUAUAUCGCCUCUUCAAUGAGCAUUUCGUCCAUCAAUCUGGUUUCUACCGACUCUGGAGUGCUGAGUUGUCCAACUGAUCGAAGACCAGUGUGCCUUGACAUUGGACGUUUGGACAUUAUGUUUGCUCUUGUCCUUCUCGCUGGAAGUACGUUACCUUUAGCCAGCCAGGCCUUCAACUCGUUUGAUAUGGACGUCGUAAGUGUGAGCUUCUUGCUCUCACUCAUCACGUACACUAACUGGCCUGGCUGCAUGAUCACGGAGCUACCUGGGUUACUCAGCAUCUGAGCAGGACGAUCCACUUGAUGCAUCCACGAGCACUGUCGUCGUAGUUGCGGUAUCGUCUUCCCUGACUUUGGAGUUGUUGCUUUCGAGGACGAAGUGCUGGUUUGUUCGUAUACUGCUAGCAGAAUCACUUCGCCGUACGAUAUGUUGUAUAGAAGCUCACAUGCUUGGCUGAAGGUGAGUCCGUGGAAUACAGACGGCAACGUGGUAGCGUACACUUCCAGUGCCAUCCCUUCGGCAUAUUCUUGUUCCCAAUUUGUAAGAAUCUGGUGGUUUACUAGUGUGGAAGACCGGAACAAAUUGCUGAUAAGCGUGACAAGUCCUGGACACAGACAGCUCUUGGCCAGCAAACUGAUCUUGAUUUUAUCCAAGCACAACAAUUGAUCAGCAUCGACGCCGCUGAUAUAGUCCAAGUAAACCGGACUCACUAUCUGCGUGUAUACUGGUAAAUCCGGGUUGUAGUUGCGAAUCGCCAGUAAACGCAUCACAGUCUCAGCAUCCGUUUGUUUGAUGUUUGCUGCGGCUUUGGAGGCCAAUACGAAACACGCUCGAGCAGCGUCGGCUCCGACUCUACACAUAUCUUCCUCACUCAUAACUGAUCCCUUGAUGUACGUCACGCGAUUCUGAAGUACCGGAUGGUCUAACAGGUUAAUGAUCUCCUCAGUGGGCUCUUUUGGACCGACGAUCACACACGGCAGCUCAACUACCGAUGGAUCAACCUCGUGUUGUACACCUGCUGGGCCUGCAAACGACGUCAUAGAGCCCAAUGCACGGUCGGGAUGGUAAAAUUCACGAAAGAAAUUCAACAAACAGCGAGGCUCCAUGACAUGUCCGACGACCAGAACGUGUGGCUUACCCACUGAAGGAUGAUACGUCGUGCGGAAGUGUGACUGCAAUGCCAUAAGAUGCGUGAGACGCGAGAUCUCGGUGGGAAUCACAGUGAAAGACACGACAAUUACGCCCAAAGCUACUGCACGACCUCCAGACGUGACGGGUGCAAUGUCACCGUAACCCACAGUCGCGAUGGUAACCACGAUAAAGUAAAGUGCCUCACCGAAGGUUAAAUGAGGCUGAGCGCCGUCGUUGGACUCGACGGCGUGGAAUAUUCCCGCAGCGACGAAGAUAAGACACGUAGUGAGUAGGAUAAUAGUGUAGACUUGCUUCUGGACAGCAGAUACCGUCUGUGAUCCAGCUACACGAACGACACGGAUGAGUCUGAGCAUACGCAUGACCCGAACGAAGCGGAUAAACGGCAACGACUUGCUGUGCCCAUCGUCGAUUUGGUCCACAAGAGCUGGAAAAAUAGUAAGCGCGUCCAUGAUUCCAUUGACGCUUGUGAUGAAUUGCCAUCGGUUCUCACAACAGUAAAGAUUGAGGAAAUAGUCGGCUGCAAAAACUAUCAUUGCAGUCGCAUCAAACGUCGGUACGCGGCCAUCUAGUGGCAUGUACGUUUGUAUCACAUAGGCAGCAGACACCAAUAGAGCGAACAGCGUCUGAAAGAUCUCCCAUG